CUUAGCCUCUGGCAGUGUUCAAGCUUCAACGUGAACGUUAAAAGUGUCCACGCGUUUGUUUUCUCUCGUGUGCGAAAACGGAGCUAGUUUUUUUUACGUGUCUUUCGAACUGUUUUAUUGUGUUCUACGUUGUGAAAAGUCCUAUAAAUGUAUUCGUUUUUGCAAAAGGAAAGAAUGAGCAUUAUUUCGAAAUUCAGAGCCAAUCCCAUCUACUAUUCCGAUUACUCCGAUACCUGCCUCUAAAUUAAGUACUGAGAUUGGUACAAUUUUCUUCAAAAAAAAGGCUGUAAUUUUUUGUAACUGUUGAGACUGAUUAUAGUACUUAAUGAUGGACAUCAUUGCCAAUUAUCCUGUAAUCAAGGCCUUCUUAGCAGGCUCAUUCUCUGGCACUUUCUCGACAGUUUUAUUCCAACCCCUGGACUUGGUCAAGACACGCCUGCAAAACCCGACUCACGCCAUCAUAAAUGGACGUACCGGAACCGUUUCGAUGGUCAGCGUUUUCGCGAACAUCCUGCAACAGGAGCAGAUCCGCGGUCUGUGGAAAGGAAUGACCCCUUCGAUUACGAGGUGUGUGCCCGGCGUCGGUCUCUAUUUUUGUUCGGUGGAUUAUAUUAAAACCACGUAUUUUACGGGCAAAACCCCCACGCCACUUGAGAACAUUGCGAUAGGGAUGGUUGCUCGUUGCAUGAGCGGUGCUGCUUUAAUUCCCGUUACUGUUGUUAAGACUAGAUUUGAAAGUGGUGUAUAUGGAUACAAUGGAGUGUUGUCAGCUCUAAAAGAAAUCUACAAGACUGAAGGUUUCAGGGGCAUGACUUGUGGCUUGGUUCCUACUUUGUUCAGGGACGCCCCAUUUUCCGGGCUUUAUCUCAUGUUCUACUCCCAAACUAAACAAUUAGUACCAGAAGAAAUUUUAAACUCUGGUUAUGCAUCUCCUGUUCAUUUUACAUGCGGAGUGACAGCGGGAAUUCUUGCGUCAGUUGUUACGCAACCGGCAGACGUUCUCAAAACGAAGAUGCAACUAUAUCCAAACAAGUUCAAUGGCUUGUGGUCAGUUGCGGUUUACGUUCAUGGAAAAUACGGGAUGCAGGGGUAUUUUAAGGGAAUGGUGCCAAGGAUGCUGCGACGUACUUUGAUGGCCGCCAUGGCUUGGACCUUGUACGAGCAAGUGUCCAAGGCCGUUGGAUUAAAAUAGGGAUAGUACAGUUUUAAGAUGGUUUGGCGUGAAUGCCUUGCUUGAAUCUUUUUAUAUAAUGAUGUCGUCGGUUGGACGAAGAUACGAAUGAUUGAAAUAAACUGUAUAAUCGAGGGUUAUAUUUAAGUUUAUCGUACUGUACUAUUUCUUAUAAUUAUGAUUAUUUAUAAGAUAAUUUUUGAUAGAGGUAAUGAUGUCUGUCUUAUGUACAAGACAGAGUAUUAUUUUAUUUGUGUAGGUUAACAUUUUGUUGAUUUUAUAAAUAUAUAUUUUAUGUUA